CAUUUCUGCGCUAUGUCCGGUGGCCUCCUGAAGGCACUGCACAGCGACUCCUAUGUGGAGCUAAGUCAGUACCGGGACCAACACUUCCAGGGUGACAAUAAAGAAGAGGAAAAAUUACUGAAGAAAAGCUGUACACUAUAUGUUGGAAAUCUUUCCUUUUACACAACUGAAGAACAAAUCUAUGAACUCUUCAGCAAAAGUGGUGACAUAAAGAUGAAGAAAACAGCAUGUGGUUUCUGCUUUGUGGAAUACUAUUCAAGAGCAGAUGCAGAAAAUGCCAUGUGGUACAUAAAUGGAACUCGUCUGGAUGACUGGAUCAUUCACACAGACUGGGACACAGGCUUUAAGGAGUUCAGGCAGUAUGGCCGUGGACGGUCUGGUGGCCAGGUAUGAGAUGAGUAUCGACAGGACUGUGAUGCUGGGAGAGGAGUCUAUGGAAAACUAGCCCAAAACCAGUGAGUAGUUAAGAAUCCCACCAAGAAAAAUUCACUCCUUUGGCCUGCUGAAUUUCACAUACAUUACGCAAGGUCUGGAAACCUGCUAUUUUUACCAAGCUUUGAGAGCCAGAAGCCCACUUCAUGGUUUUCCUCUGAAAAUUAUUAAAGGACAAAGUUCAAAAGAAUGCCUUUAAUUCUAGUCUUAGAAUAUUGGUCAUGUGUCAGGUUACCAUGAUUUCCUUACCAGGUCAAAAUUGUGUUCCUUGGCAACAGAUUUUAUCUAUAAUGUUGAUCUAACAAAAA